UUGACCCAGGCAGGGGUGGGGGACCCGGGCUGAUCGUUAAGCGGCGAACACGACGGCAUGGAGGUGCCAAGGUUCCCCCGACCAGCACCGAAUCUCGCAAGUAAAGUGACCGAGGAGCUCGACGUGACAUCGGUGCUAGCGGCAGUGUCUCCCGAGACUCCGGCGUCGCGACGCCGACAUGCAAUCGUCCGCGGAGGAGUGCGUCUCCCACGUGGUGGUGCAGGUGAAGUUGCAGGUGGAGAAGCAGCGGAACGCAGAGGUGGCGGAAAACGCGGAGGCGCUUACUUCCGGGGAUCUAGGUGUUUCGUCAAAAAUCUGGUCCAUCCGCGCGACAAGCGCUCGUCACGUUUCCCAUCCAGGCAACGGGUCACAGAAUUUCGCCUAAAGAUGACGGAGCGUUGCGAUGAAAAUCACGACUCCGACGACGACGUCGUUUGUGCCGUCGGCCCACACCGACCUCCAAUGGGUGUAAGUAAUUCACCGAAGAUAGAUCGCAGCGUGCAGAACGGCGAUGCGGAAGCCCGUCAUCAAGAGCAUCAGGAAUUGCCACUAGCUGCGUUGAGAUCGACGGGGGUUCAAACAUGCCCGACAAUUCCGUACCGCCUGCGGAUGUUUCCUUCCCUUCAAGACCCGCCUGUACUCGUACGGGAUUCGUCCGAGAAUCCAAAAAAAUCAUCGAAAAUAUGCAAGCAUUUGAGACUUCUCGGGCGGCUGACCCUCUGCCAAUUCGGUUUAGCAUGGCUUUUAAGCCUUUGGGCGAUCGCAGGAGCGGCCGCAUUUUACAGCACCGAGGGUCCUCGUGAACGGGAACAAGUUGCUGACUUGGCGACAAAGCAAAGGGACCUGGCGAUCAGUUUAGCCACCGAACUGCGUCAAGUUAAAGCCGAGGAACCGAUUUGGGUUAACACCAUUCAACGCUACUUUCUCAAACACGAGAACCUUAUCCUGGCCGCCGUGAACUCCGGAUAUGGGGAAAGCGGCGGCGGUGGCGGCCAGGUCUGGACGUUUCCCGGGUGUUUCCUCUUCGCCGUUUCCCUGCUGACCACCUUGGGCUUCGGCGCUCCGGUACCACGAACAACGCCAGGACGAACAGUCGCGGUUUUAUUCGCGGCGAUUGGAAUCCCGGCCCAUUUUCUGCUCAUUCUUAACACGGGGAUUUUCCUGGCCGUACGUCUGCAGAGUUUCGCGGUGCGGCGAAAAGAACAGGGAGGAAAUAGCGAAGACAAAGAGGCCGUCGUUCAUUUGGAAUACACAACUAUUCCUCGUUGGGUGAAGAUCGUUCCGUUCGCUUGCAUAGGCGGAUACUAUCUAAUCGGCAUAUUGUGCUUCGGUGUUGGAAGGCUGCGGCCGAUGGCGGCGAGCUUGUUAUUUCCCUUGGAUUUUACCGCCGCUGGUGGCUUGGCAACCACUUCCGGUCCGGUCAGAAUCGCUUAUGCAAUUUACCUCGAGGGUGCGGUUACAAUUGCAGCUGUGGCUGUGGCCAUACUCCAAGUAUCGGCUACUCAGAGCCUUACAAAUAUCGGCUUGAAAUACGGCCUCCUCACAAACACGUAGCAAAUACACAAUUUUACGGUGUGCCUAACUUUCGAUCAACUUUACUUCACGCUACUAAUUGUAAGCGUAUAUGCAUAUUUCCUCAGCAGCAGCAGCAGGAGUCCUAAUUAACUAUAAGAAAAAGAAAAGAAAAUAAUGAGAAGGUAUUUACCUAUUCCAAAACUAACGAAUCUAUAAAAAGUUGAUCGCGUUUAGUCUGAGUUUUGUUGCGAAACCUGCAGAUCACGUAUUUAUACUCCGAUUCCAAGAUAAAGUUUAUUAUUUUAUAAAUUCGGAUUAGGGAAAGAGAAAGAGAGGGGGAAUAGGGAUGAUGAUGAGAAUUCUGAGAAAGAAAUGUACAUGGAUUCUUAAACUCCCGGUUCAACUACACUUCUAGAAAUUACAAGGUUUCUCGGCACAACUCGGCGGCGCAUAGAUUUAUAAAUAAAGGGUGUAUGAGAAUAAAGAACGAAUGAAUAGAUGAAUGAAAGAAUUCACGUUACCUAUAUUAUAUACAUACGUGCAUGUGCGGAUGUAAUAUAUAAGCGGUAGACAUAUAUAUAUAUAAUUUUUUUUUCUCUAUAAGUGUGUACAAGCGAGAAGAUCCAGCCAAAAGUUGAUCAUUCCCUUUGAUUAAGAGAGUUUGAAAACUAUCUGUAGAAAUUUACUUCGUCCAAAAGUUACCGAAGUUCAACAAUUUACUAUUAUAAUAUCGUAUUAAAGAAAUGAUGCAUAUCAGUUAAAUUGAUUUAGCGCGAGUUAGAGUUAUUAUAAUAAUAUGCAUAACUGUGCAAUACUGAUGAUAACUGAUAAUGCUAAUGAAGAAAGAAACAGAACAGAAACAAGAAGCCAAUCCUCGGAAGAAAUAUUUCUAUUUCAUAUCGCAAGGACUUUUUUGUUAUUUGUUUUCCUUUUAAGUUUCAUUACCGCACAUAAAUUUUUCUACGCCAUAUAACAUGUGUAUGGUAGGUGGACCUAGAUGUAUAAUAGAUUAGUCGAUGUUGUAUCAAUGAUCGCUACUCCUCUCUUCCCCACACAAGUGUGAUACAUAGAUAUUUUAUAUUAUAACAUAAUAAACUUACCUGAGUGCUUUUUAUAUAACUAUUAUUAAAUAUAAUUGAUAUGCAUACGUACGUGUAUAUUUCCGUACAUAUAUUCUACCGUGAAUGUUGAUAGUAUGCGAAACAGACGAUAAAAAAACAUAGAGAAAAAGAAAUACCUAUUGUACAAUUAUUAUACGUUAAUUACGUACUUUACAUGCAAGAAAUGAAUAAUAAAAUUAUUUAUCACCGUUGA